CAGAGGGCCGCGUUGCUCCCUCUUGGGAGCAGCAGUGCUAAAAUCGAAGCAGGCAGCUGCGGGACCGCUAUAGCCGGCCCUGCGCUCGGGCCCUUCCCGGGCAGGAAACGCGUCGCUGUCCCCGGCUGCGCCCAGGCCGGCGGGCCCAGCAGCUGCGAACCGCCGGCGCACCACCUGUUUCCGCGCCCGGGGACUUCCCCGGCGGGGCUCAGAAGUGUGGGGUCGGUCGCUUGGCUUCCCCUGGCGUCAGCGACCCAGGGUAACCUCCUCCACUGCUGCCUGCCGUGCAGGCCUGCCUGUGUGAGAGCCACGUGUGCCGCGCUCUGGGCACAGCCUUGGAAAGUCAGGACCGCGACGGCAGCAGAGCAGAAACCUUACAGAAACAUGAAGCCCUCAACCAUCUGCUACUCAGUUAUUCGGGGCUGACGGCGGCUUCUAGAACAUCCAGGUGUUCUGCAGAUGCGAGAACUCAUCCUGUAGUCACCAGAUGGAGUCCCAAACAGCCAAACAGAUGUAAGGCCUGUGCUGUGGCUCUGAGGCCCUGAAUACAGAAGGGUCACUUUCUUAGUGGCCAAAGAGCAGUUGUUGACAUUGGUGUCUAAUUAUUGAACACAACCAGUCAUUUUACUGAGCUGCGGUGAGGAAACACUGGCCAUAGAAGAUCAAGCCAAAUUAGGGAUUGCAAAUUUCCUGAUUCUUUUGAAUUAGGAUUCCAGAUGGGGGCCUCAUUUCUAUAGCACCCAACAUUCCUAUAGCCGUUAUCACUGCCAUCACCACUGCCACCAGCAUCUUCUUGCAGACUCCACCCCUGCUCCCCAGAGACUUCCUGCUUUGAAAGUGAGCAGAAAGGAAGCUCUCAGAAAAAUCUCUAGUGGCUGCCGUCGCUCCAGACAAUCGGAAUCCUGCCUUAACCAUCAUGGGCUGGCUUUUUCUAAAGGUUUUGUUGGCGGGAGUGAGUUUCUCAGGAUUUCUUUAUCCUCUUGUGGAUUUUUGCAUCAAUGGGAAAACAAGAGGACAGAAGCCAAACUUUGUGAUUAUUUUGGCCGAUGACAUGGGGUGGGGUGACCUGGGAGCAAACUGGGCAGAAACAAAGGACACUGCCAACCUUGAUAAGAUGGCUUCGGAGGGAAUGAGGUUUGUGGAUUUCCAUGCAGCUGCCUCCACCUGCUCACCCUCCCGGGCUUCCUUGCUCACCGGCCGGCUUGGCCUUCGCAAUGGAGUCACACGCAACUUUGCAGUCACCUCUGUGGGAGGCCUUCCGCUCAACGAGACCACCUUGGCAGAGGUGCUGCAGCAGGCGGGUUACGUCACUGGGAUAAUAGGCAAAUGGCAUCUUGGACACCACGGGUCUUAUCACCCCAACUUCCGUGGUUUUGAUUACUACUUUGGAAUCCCAUAUAGCCAUGAUAUGGGCUGUACUGAUACUCCAGGCUACAACCACCCUCCUUGUCCAGCGUGUCCACAGGGUGAUGGACCAUCAAGGAACCUUCAAAGAGACUGUUACACUGACGUGGCCCUCCCUCUUUAUGAAAACCUCAACAUUGUGGAGCAGCCGGUGAACUUGAGCAGCCUUGCCCAGAAGUAUGCUGAGAAAGCAACCCAGUUCAUCCAGCGUGCAAGCACCAGCGGGAGGCCCUUCCUGCUCUAUGUGGCUCUGGCCCACAUGCACGUGCCCUUACCCGUGACUCAGCUACCAGCAGCGCCACGGGGCAGAAGCCUGUAUGGUGCAGGGCUCCGGGAGAUGGACAGUCUGGUGGGCCAGAUCAAGGACAAAGUUGACCACACAGUGAAGGAAAACACAUUCCUCUGGUUUACAGGAGACAACGGCCCCUGGGCUCAGAAGUGUGAGCUAGCGGGCAGUGUGGGUCCCUUCACUGGAUUAUGGCAAACUCGUCAAGGGGGAAGUCCAGCCAAGCAGACGACCUGGGAAGGAGGGCACCGGGUCCCAGCACUGGCUUACUGGCCUGGCAGAGUUCCAGUUAAUGUCACCAGCACUACCUUGUUAAGUGUGCUGGACAUUUUUCCAACCGUGGUAGCCCUGGCCCAGGCCAGCUUACCUCAAGGACGGCGCUUUGAUGGUGUGGACGUCUCCGAGGUGCUCUUUGGCCGGUCACAGCCUGGGCACAGGGUGCUGUUCCACCCCAACAGCGGGGCAGCUGGAGAGUUUGGAGCCCUGCAGGCUGUCCGCCUGGAGCGUUACAAGGCCUUCUACAUUACCGGUGGAGCCAAAGCAUGUGAUGGGAGCACCGGGCCUGAGCUGCAGCAUAAGUUUCCUCUGAUUUUCAACCUGGAAGACGAUAUCGCAGAAGCUGUGCCCCUAGAAAGAGGUGGUGCGGAGUACCAGGCUGUGCUGCCCGAGGUCAGAAAGGUUCUUGCAGACGUCCUCCAAGACAUUGCCAACGACAACAUCUCCAGCGCAGAUUACACUCAGGACCCUUCAGUAACUCCCUGCUGUAAUCCCUACCAAAUUGCCUGCCGCUGUCAAGCCGCAUAACAGACCAAUUUUUAUUCCACAAGGAGGAGUAUCUGGAAAUUAGGCAAGUUUGCUUCCAAAUUUCAUUUUUACCCUCUUUACAAACACACACUUUAGUUUAGUCUUGGAGUUUAGUUUUGGAGUUAGUCUUGCAUAUCCCUUCUGUAUCCUGUCCCUCCUCCACGCCGACCCGAGAGCAGCUGAGCCGCGCUGGCUCUGGGCAGGGAGUGUGCCUUAAUGGGAAGCACACGGGCUUUGGAGUCAGGCACAGGUGCCAGCUCCAGCUUUUGAACUUGGGCAAUUGUUUAACCUAACCUGCAAGCUGAUUUUGAGGGUUAAAUAAAGGCAUACAUGAAAAUGCCUGGCAAGUUACCUGACACAGAGCAGACAUUCAAUACAUUUUAGUUUCCUUGUUUCUCUGGUUCCCAGUUUCUCUGGUCAUUUUGGUGUAAAUCCAUUCUAAUUAGUAUCUAGGGCAGAGCUUCUCUCUCUUUUCUUUUUUUUUCCUUCCACAAACCAGUGUACUCACUGGUCUCCAUCUUUAAUAUGCAAACAAACCACCUGGGAUCUUGUGAGAAUCCGGAUUCCAUCUCAGUAGGGCUCGAGUAGAUCCUGAAAUCCUACAUUUCUAUCAAACAAUGCCUUGAGGAGCACAGAUUUAGACCAAAGUUAGGUCGUUUUCCAGAUCUCAGAGCAGACGAGUCCAUGGAUCAGUCUGUGGCCCAAUCCCCUUCCUCUCCUUUUAAGGGUGAAAUGACUGUAUUUAAAAGAAGUUAAAGAGUUCCUCCUGUCCCCUAUAACCACAAGGAAACAAAAAAAUAUAUAAAAACCUCAAAAAUGCA